AUGCCACCCCCAAGCGAGCGCGAGAUAAUCCACAUCUUCUGGCCCAUGACGAUCCCGCCACACGCCAAAUUCCUCAUCACAUCCCCCAUCUUGCUGCGCGCCAGCUACCCGCACAACGUCAGCUUCACGCUCUCGCUGCACACCCCGAUGCACCUCUCGUCGCCGGCGCCCGUGCGCGUGAUGCCCUGCGGCGUGCUGGCGCGCGGGUUCGCGCGCGGCUGGGCGAAGCUGCCGGUGGAGCUGAAGCAGGCGAUCUUGCGGUUUGAGUUAGUAUACCCGUCUGCGCUAUGGCCGCGCGAUGCAAAUAGGGUUGUGCGCGAGACGCUGUUGCACUACUUGCGGAUGACGCCUGAGAUUGCGGGGUUGGCGCGGGGGUUGUUUUUCGCGGAGAAUCGGUUCGUGGUGCUGCCGCUGCAGGAGGAGCUUACAAUGUUCCGCGGGUUUCCGCCGGUGUGUGUGAGGCCGCUGAUUAGAAGGGUGGCGCUGUUUACGUGGCUGGAGGAUGGCGAUAGGGAGACCAUUGAGGGUGUUGCGGAAAAGAGGUUUGGGUUCCAGGGGCUGGUGCAUGUCGAGAUUCGAUGCUCGGUUGUUCGGCUGGUUAGAUUGUUUCUCUUGGAGCGUGGGCUUGGUGCAGAUAGCAGUGCCGACGAGUGGUCUGCUUGGUUGAGCCUUCGGCUGCCUCCGGUGGUGAGGUUUGCAUCGCACGGGACGCUCGAGUUUGAUCGUGUCGAGUUUGCAAGGGGGUGCACUGACGGGAAGCUUGUGGAGCUGGUAGAGCAGGUCGAAGAGGUAGUCAAGGGGCUGUUUGUGUUUGGAGUACAACCGCGUAGUCAAGCAAUCCAGGGCCCUGUAUGAUUGUUGGUCAAGCGACGGAAUAGCCGUUGUGUAUUUCGUAUCACCGAUGUCCC